UGGCUGGCCCGCCUUUUCAGCGCCCCGGGGGCCUAGCUUGUCCUCAGGAUACCCAGUUUCCCAAGGGCUGCCUCGCAGACUCUUGGGACUGGCCAUGGGUAGCUCAGGGCAGCUCAGGAGAAACACCCUCUCUUCGGCAACUAACACAGCAGGACACCCGAUUCCACCGUGAGGCAGAUGCCGCGCAGUGGUCCCCAGCCUAGGCUCUGGCGGCAGACCGGGGUUUGUACUCAUUAUGUGACCUUGGACAAGUCGCUUCAUCUGAGCUUCAGUUGCCUAAUUAGUGAGAUGGCGAGUGAACCUACCUGCUCGAAACCAUGAGCAUUCCACUGGGCCAGGCAGGUGACAUGUCAGUGCUUUUAGCGAUGUCCCUGCCUCUAGCCCAGAAGCCAUGGAGGAGAUAAGGUAGCCCCCGUCCCUGGACCAGAUUGGAUGGGAAAGCCCAGUUCAAUGGAUACAAAAUAUAAGGAUGACUUAUUUCGGAAGUACGUGCAGUUCCAUGAGGGCAAAGUGGACACCACCCCCAGCAAGCAGCAGCCUGGCAGUGAUGAGUCCCUGCGGGUGGCAGCCUCGACCCUGCUCAGCCUGCACAAGGUGGAUCCCCUUUAUCGAUUCCGGCUGAUCCAGUUCUAUGAGGUAGUGGAGCGCUCCCUGAGCUCGCUGAGCUCCUCCAGCCUGCGGGCCCUGCACUGCGCCUUCAGCAUGCUCGAAACGGUGGGCGUCAACCUCUUCCUCUACCCGUGGAAGAAGGAAUUCAGAAGCAUCAAGACCUACACAGGUCCCUUUGUUUAUUACGUCAAGUCGACAUUGCAGGAAGAGGACAUUCGAGCCAUCCUGAAUUACAUGGGCUAUGUGCCUGAGCUAGGGGCUGCAUACAAGCUCAGAGAGCUGGUGGAAACCCUCCAGGUGAAGAUGGUCUCCUUUGAACUCUUUCUGGCCAAGGUAGAGUGUGAGCAGAUGCUGGAAAUCCACUCCCAAGUCAAGGACAAGGGCUACUCUGAGCUGGACGUGGUGAGCGAGCGCAGGAGCAGUGCAGAGGAUGUGCGUGGCUGCUCGGACGCCCUGCGGCGGCGGGCCGAGGGCCGGGAGCACCUGACGGCCUCCAUGGCCCGUGUGGUGCUCCAGAAGUCGGCCAGCGAACGGGCAGCCAAGGACUACUACAAGCCCCGAGUGACCAAGCCUUCUAGGUCUGUGGACACCUACGACAGCUACUGGGAGAGCCGGAAGCCGCCCCUGAAGGCCUCACUGAGCCUGCGGAAGGAGCCUGUGGCAGCAGACUUGGGGGAUGACCUCAAGGACGAGAUCAUCCGACCAUCUCCCUCGCUCCUGACCAUGUCCAGCUCCCCGCACAGCAGCCCAGAUGACCUGCCACCCCCCUCUCCCAACAAUGGCCUUGGCUUGCUGCGUGGCACGUACUUCUCCACUCAGGAUGAUGUGGAUCUGUACACAGACUCGGAACCGAGGGCCACGUACCGGAGGCAGGACGCCCUGCGGCCAGAUGUCUGGGUGGUCAGAAACGACGCCCACCCCCUCUACCACAAGCGCUCGCCCCCCGCCAAAGAGUCCGCCCUCUCCAAGUGCCAAAAGUGCGGUCUGUCCUGCAGCUCCUCCCUCUGCCAGCGCUGCGACAGCCUGCUCGCCUGCUCCCCGGCCUCCAAGCCCAGCGCCUUCCCCAGCAAGGCCUCUGCCCAUGAUAGCCUGGCCCAUGGAUCAUCUCUGCGGGAGAAGUACACAGGCCAGACUCAGGGCCUCGACCGGCCGCUGCACCUCCACUCGAAAUCCAAGCCCUCCAGCACAGUCACCUCCCGCUGUGGCUUCUGUAAUCGUCCAGGUGCCACCAACACCUGCACCCAGUGUUCGAAAGUCUCCUGCGACACCUGCCUCAGCGCCUACCAUUAUGACCCCUGCUGCAAAAAGAGUGAACUGCACAAGUUCAUGCCCAACAACCAGCUGAACUACAAGUCCACCCAGUUCUCCCAUCUCGUGUACAGAUAGACUCGACCUCGCACCUCCCUGCUACAAGGGCUACACCACUAAGCUUUCUGGUUUCACGGGGAAGACGUGUUAAUGCAUUGAUCUCAGAAGCAGAGACCUACACUUGACCAUGUAGUUGUGGGGAGAUCACGGGGCCGACUGUACCACAUGGGAGUCCCCUUAGCGACUCAGAUGUUUCAUAUGUUUCAUCUGAUAGCUGCUGUGUCGCCUGGCAAGGGAGAGGGUGGCACUUCCGUUCAGAUUCAUUUUUGCUAAUCUCUCCACUGCUUGUUCUGUUUCGUUGUUUUUGUUUUUUAAGGAAGAUUUCUGUCUCUGGGACUCUUGCCCAUGACACUCCCAUGGCAAAGCCAACUUGGACUGGGAAGGGCCCUCCAGGUCCCCUCCAAAUGCCCACCUGGAGCGGCGAGCUCGAGGCCUGUUGGCUUGUGAAAUGAGCCCUCCUGCCACACUGGGCCUCGUCCACUGGCUCAUCCCUCAGCCACCCCUUCCCUAACACGAGGAUCCCCGCUUGCACCCCCUGCCUGACUUCUCUGCUCUCUAGAUGUCAAAGGUCAACUGAAUCCAGGAUUUGUUUAAUGUCAUCCUGUUGCCACCACAGCUCAGUUCAGCCGUGAGGUUUGCGAACUUUGCUCCAGCGCUUUGAAGUGUGGACCUUCUACAGUGGGACUGACAUCCCCCAUUUCUGUUGUUUGCACAUGCCCCUCUUACUGUACUGUAAAUAGAUAUAUUUGAGAUUUAUUUUUAAAUAAAUAUUCGACUUGCCGUGUGUUUCAAAGUGGUUAAAACAUUAAUGAUGUAGCUAUUUAUAAAAUGCCCUGGGUUCUUUAGUCUUCCAAGGGAGGGGCUCAUGCCCUUCCCUGUCGUAUCCUCCACUCACCACAGCCCGAGGGUAGAGCGGAGGGUGUGGGGGCAGAGGAGGAACCGAGAGAUGUCCCUGAGUUGGUGGAGAGCCACUGUCUUCCCUACAAUAAAUCUCUAAACACCUACCUCCAGUGCGCACUUAGGGGGUUAGUCUGGGCCGAGAGCUCCGUGCACCUGCAGACUGUGACAACCUACUGGCCAUUCAGGAACCUCACCCUGUGGAUCUGCAGCCUUGUCUUUGCCACUUGCUGAGCAUGAAUCUUGCACUCCAGACUUCUUGAGUCUCGUUUCAGAAGGAAAAUCAUUUGGGAUUCCCACCACCCCUCCAUCUCAGUCAUCGUCUCUUCACCGGUUUCCAGGACUCCUCUGCAACAUUUGCAACCUUUUUGCACUAAAAGUGGGCAGUAGCCGUCGUGUGCCCAUCAGACACAUGUCUCUGGAUAUUCUCAGCCGAGCCUCAGCGCUUCCAAACCUGAAGGCCCCUUAAACUCCUCCUGUGAAUUACCUGCCCCGGAUUUUCCUUUUGGGGGUGCAGAGCGGAGCUGGGGCAAGAAUUUGAAAAUAAAAUCGCUUCCUUGUGAACUAAUAAUAUAUUUUAGCCAUAAGUGUUUGUGAUGUACAGAAUGUUACCGGAAUUUACAUGCAAUGGGUUUUCUGGUAGAAGGAGGUAUUCAGCUCUUGAGCAAAUUUAAAUCUGGCUGAAUCCUGAGGCCACUGUGAAUUUGCUGAUGUUCUUCCAACUCAGUUAAGUGAUUUUAAGGUUUUCAAAAUCUUUGGCUCUUUUUUGAAAUAUAUCUAGUAGAUCACAUAUAGAUAUUCAAUGUAUAGAUAAAGCUGAAUUUCAACCAACUUUAUUACUAAGACCAGCCCAUUCUGGGGCAUUCACCUUUGAUGUUCUUCCUUUUCACAUUUCAGAAGUGUCAAUGCUUGUCCCAGUCCUGAGUUUUCUAGUUUUCCACUUUCAGAUCGCUCUAGCACUACACUAACUCUUUUAACCAACCGUGAUGCCACGUAACUUACACAGCAGACAAAAGCAGGAGUAACUAAUUUGUCCUAGGAGAGAAAGUCCAGUGUGUGUAUCAUCACGGAAGUACUGUGUUCGUGGACUGGAAAAGGAAAUGCUAUGACCAUGUUCCUUCUUGGUUUGUAUCUUAUUGUGUGAGGUUGCUGUGAUUGAGAUUCUUAAAUAUAUGUUAAUUUAAAAAUGCAGAUGUUUGCAUUUGAUUUCUACCAAGAAUUGAAAUGUUGAGAGAUGAUUUAAAAAAUAAUAAUAAAGUGUCUUCCAUUGUUAA